AUGGCAGCUCAGGCGACCGAGAAGCUGCAGCAGUUGGACCUGAAUGGUCCAAACGGCGCCCAGGCCGAUGCCCCCGCAGCUGGACAGGCUGCUGCUGGCGAGGCGGAGGAUGAUUCUGAGGACGACCAAGAAGAAGGAGAAGGCGCCCCGGAUGCUGGCGCAGCCGGAGCUGCCAAGAAGAAGAAGAAGCGCAAGUCCAAGAAGAAGAAGAAGGGCGGCGCCAAGGUCCAGAGCUCUCCGCCGCGUGUCCCCGUAUCUAACCUCUUCCCCAAUGGACAAUACCCCGAGGGCGAGAUCGUCGAAUACAAGAACGACAAUGCCUACCGCACCACCAACGAAGAGAAACGUUACCUCGAUCGCAUGAACAACGACUUCCUACAAGAAUAUCGCCAGGGCGCUGAGGUCCACCGCCAAGUUCGCCAGUAUGCGCAGAAAAACAUCAGACCCGGCCAGACUCUGACCGAGAUUGCGGAAGGUAUUGAAGACUCCGUCCGAGCCUUGACUGGCCACCAAGGUCUCGAAGAGGGUGACAACCUCAAGGGCGGUAUGGGAUUCCCUUGCGGACUGAGUAUCAACCACUGCGCCGCGCACUACACACCUAAUGCCGGCAACAAGAUGGUUUUGAACCAGGGAGAUGUGAUGAAGGUGGAUUUCGGUGCUCAGCUCAAUGGUCGCAUCGUGGACAGUGCCUUUACCAUGACCUUUGAUCCAGUGUAUGAUCCGCUUCUGGAAGCAGUUAAGGAUGCGACAAACACUGGUAUUCGGGAAGCUGGUAUUGAUGUGCGCAUGAGCGACAUUGGCGCUGCCAUCCAGGAAGCCAUGGAGAGCUAUGAAAUUGAACUCAACGGUACCAUGUACCCAGUCAAAUGUAUUCGAAACCUCAACGGUCACAACAUUGAACAGCACGUUAUCCACGGUGGAAAGAGCGUGCCUAUCGUCAAGAGCAGUGACCAGACUAAGAUGGAGGAGGGUGAAGUAUUUGCCAUCGAGACUUUCGGCAGUACUGGCAAGGGUUAUGUUCGCGAAGACAUGGAAUGUUCCCAUUACGCUCUGGCAGCUGAUGCCCCCAAUGUCCCCUUGCGUCUCUCUUCCGCCAAGAAUCUGCUCAGCGUGAUUAACAAGAAUUUUGGCACUCUGCCUUUUUGCCGUCGGUACCUAGACCGACUAGGCCAGGAGAAAUAUCUCCUUGGGUUGAACAACCUGGUCUCCUCAGGAAUUGUCCAGGACUACCCGCCUCUCUGCGACAUUAAGGGCUCCUAUACUGCACAGUAUGAACAUACUAUUGUGCUCCGUCCUACCGUCAAGGAAGUUAUUAGCCGCGGAGACGACUAUUAG